GUCUUCCAACAGUACACACGAAACGCAACAAUGAUCUUUGAUUUCACCACCCCCGUUGACCUCCACGAGUGCAAAUGCGGUACCUCGUGCAGUUGCAACCCAUGCACUUGCGGUGACGCCAAGCCUCAAUCAUCGACCGCGAGCUGCGGUUCCAGCAGCUGCACCUGUGGCGAUUGCAAGUGCAAGCCCGGAGAGUGCAAGUGUUAAAUACACUGAUUUCACCGUGACCAAGUAGCACUGCGAUCCACCUACGUUGUCGUUGUCUCCGUUAAUUGUAAAGUAGUGCCUGCCAAUAACGACAAUGGACAUUUUGAAUGUGC